GUUCGGAACUCAUUAUACCUUAGACAAAUACAACAAACUCUACAGGAACAUAUACUUAGAAAAUAAGAUAACACUCAUUUAGCAAACGCAGAGGAAAUGAGGGUAGUGGCCAACUUUUUGGAUUCCCUUCGAAAGGUGCGGCUCAAGUUGUCCACGGAAAAGCUUGUCAAUAGUAAUCAAAAGCCAAAAAGCUCGGCAGCCACUGGAAAUGAGCGUAAGUGGCUCCAGAAGUCCAGUAUUGGGAUAGACCAUACGGAGGUGCCUCAAAAUACACCAGCUGGAUCCGAUCAGAUGUGGCACAAUAUUAAAAGGGUGCUGCUGAUGUGUGGCGGGGAGAAGCAAGCAGGGGGAUUUGAGGAUGCGGAACGGACGAAGGAUUCCAGCGGGCUGGUUGAUGUCCUGGAGGCCCAGAGAUUCGUUAGCCAGGUGUUCUCAGCCAUGCAGGUGCCCAAACAGGCGGCCAGUGAGAUGGCCGAUGCAUUGAUAGCCGCGGAUUAUAUGGGACAGCGUUCCAUGGGCAUCCAUAGAUUGCCCUCAAUUGCGGCAGAUCUACUGAAUUGCACUGUUGCUGGUGACGCCACGCCGGGAAUUGUGUCCGAAAAGAAAGCCAUCGCCUUAGUGGAUGGCCACAAUGCACCUGGACCCGUGGUGGCCAACUUUUGCAUGGAUCUGGCCCUGCAAAAGGCCCGGGAAGUGGGCAUCGGCUGGGUUUCGGCUCGCAGUUCAAACUGCAUUGGAUUUGCCUCAUGGUAUGCCUGUCAAGCGCUGGAACAGCGAAUGAUUGGUCUGUGCAUGACGAAUGCUGCUCCAACUCUGGUGCCUGCUGGUGGAAUCGAACCCAUUCUAGGGGAAAACACAAUUGCCUGUGCCGCUUCCGGUGUCCAUGAACAAUUUGUGGCUGAUUUUGGUAUGGCGGCCUGUUCGGUGGAUGAACUGGAGCUAUCCUAUUGCAAUGGCUGGUCAAAGGAAGUGCCCAAAUUAGUGGCUUUGGAUAAAAAUGGCAAGGAGACCACAUCAACGGAGGAGGCCUUGAGGGCCCAAAGAAUCCGAGCCUUUCAGCCGGAGUACAAGGGUUUUGGCCUGGCUGCCGCAGUGGAUAUUCUGUGCGGCGUGAUGACAGGUGCUCGAUAUGCAAAUCAAAUCCAGCGUCGUGGCGUCUAUAGUACGGAAAAUGCUCCGGCGAAUCUGGGCCAAGUUUAUGUGGCCAUCGAUCCGAUGCGUUUUUGUCCCUCCUUCGAGGACAGAUUGGCCGAUUUCCACCGGCUGUUGAGACAAGCGAUGCCCAGCAAGGUGGGAAAACCACCGAUGGUGCCGGGUGACAAGGAGCUGCAACACAUGAAGAUAGUCGACGAACAGGGAGGACUCACAAUGUCUCCCAGUACUCUGUCAGUUCUGGACGAACUGGCCACAGAGUUUGACAUCGAACCUUUGAAGAUGAAGGCCAAUAAAUCAGAAGGUGCCAGUAUGCCUGAAGAAUUGUAAUUGGUAUAAUCAAAUCUGGCCAAGUCUAGUUUAGCUUGUUUGUGAAAAGUUUGAACCUCGUGAAACCCCGAUUUAUUUAGUUUACUUGAAAUAAUUAUAAGUAAAGUUUAAUU